UGUGAUUGGCUGCCUCGGGGGCGCGUCCCUUGGGCGCGGACGCCCUAGAUUGGUGCUUCCGGACAGAGGGGAGGGACUCCGGCUGCAGCCGCGGGAGGUCCGGACACUGGCGGCCAUGGAACUCGCCGGUAAUAGAGGACACAUCUCUUAACUGGGUUGCUCUAAGAACUGAUGCCUAAACCAUCUCAGCAUGGCCUAUAGAGGAGGAGGUGGGGAUGGCCAUCCUGCCUCAGCUACACUCUCUCGGGUUAGCCCUGGAAGUCUUUACACAUGUAGAACCCGUACCCAUAAUAUAUGCAUGGUAUCUGACUUUUUCUACCCAAAUAUGGGAGGUGUGGAAAGCCACAUUUACCAGCUCUCUCAGUGCCUGAUUGAAAGAGGGCAUAAGGUUAUAAUUGUCACCCAUGCUUAUGGAAAUCGAAAAGGCAUCCGUUACCUCACUAAUGGCCUCAAAGUCUAUUACUUGCCUCUCAAAGUCAUGUACAACCAGUCUACAGCCACGACCCUCUUUCACAGUCUGCCAUUGCUCAGGUACAUAUUUGUUCGGGAGAGAGUCACGAUAAUCCAUUCACAUAGUUCUUUUUCUGCCAUGGCCCAUGAUGCUCUCUUCCACGCCAAGACAAUGGGGCUUCAGACAGUCUUCACGGACCAUUCCCUUUUCGGAUUUGCUGAUGUCAGCUCGGUGCUUACAAACAAGCUUCUAACUGUGUCUCUUUGUGAUACAAACCACAUCAUUUGUGUGUCUUACACUAGUAAGGAAAAUACUGUACUAAGAGCAGCACUGAAUCCUGAAAUAGUGUCCGUCAUUCCUAAUGCUGUAGAUCCUACUGACUUCACUCCAGACCCAUUUAGAAGGCAUGAUAGUAUAACUAUUGUUGUUGUCAGCAGACUUGUUUACAGAAAAGGGACUGAUUUGCUUAGUGGUAUAAUACCUGAACUCUGUCAGAAAUAUCCAGAUUUAAAUUUCAUAAUUGGAGGAGAGGGACCAAAGAGAAUCAUUUUGGAAGAAGUUCGGGAAAGAUACCAGCUACAUGACAGGGUGCGUCUUUUGGGAGCUUUAGAACACAAGGAUGUUAGAGAUGUCUUAGUUCAAGGACAUAUUUUUCUUAAUACCUCCCUUACUGAAGCAUUCUGCAUGGCGAUUGUGGAAGCUGCCAGUUGCGGUUUACAGGUUGUAAGUACCAAGGUUGGUGGUAUUCCUGAGGUGCUUCCAGAAAACCUUAUUAUUUUAUGUGAGCCUUCAGUAAAAUCUUUGUGUGAAGGACUGGAAAAAGCGAUUUUCCAACUGAAGUCAGGGACAUUGCCAGCUCCAGAAAAUAUCCAUAACAUAGUAAAGACUUUUUACACCUGGAGGAAUGUUGCGGAAAGAACUGAAAAGGUAUAUGACCGGGUAUCAAUGGAAGCUGUGUUGCCAAUGGACAAACGACUGGACAGACUUAUCUCUCACUGCGGCCCAGUAACAGGCUACAUCUUUGCUUUGUUGGCUGUUUUCAACUUCCUCUUCCUCAUUUUCUUGAGAUGGAUGACUCCAGAUUCUGUCAUUGAUGUUGCAGUAGAUGCCACUGGGCCACGGGGUGCCUGGACUCAUAAAUAUUCUCACAGUAAAAGAAGGGGUCGGAAUAGUGAGAUAUCUAAAACCAGGUAGAAGAAAGCCUCGAUUGUGAGAUUUUAAACAUUUGUAAUAGCUCUAUUAAGACUAUGGAAAAUAACCUUGAUUUUGUGGGAUUUUUGUUUUUUUGAAGUUAAUUUAGUAAGUUAUGCUACCUCUAUAUCAUUCAAUGUUUUCUGUUGAGGAAAGAGAAAAACUUAUGCAAUUCCUGAGUGUAAAACUUAUUGCACUUAUUUGAAAUUUAGGAGAGAACAUUUAAGCCACUCAGGUAUGAAAUUUUUCAGACUACUGAAAUCCCUGUAGCAGAGAUGUUUAACAUUAUAUUUUGAGAGCUUUGGGUGCUGAAGGGCCAAAUGUUUUCUGGGCAUUUUUUGGCCAGUUUUUAAUGCUGUACCAUUAGACACUCACCAGAUGUUUACAGGUUUUCUUUAGGGAAGUACAACAAUUAUAUGAACUAUUUUAAGUCAUGUUCAUAUACAUUUAUUAGACAUCUAAGUCAUGUCUUAAGCAUUUAUUAGGUUCACUCAGUAGGUGUUACAUAUAAUUAGCAGGCUCUUUGAGUAAGAUAGUCCAUCACUUACCAGCACAUUUUGAGCACCUGCUCUGUGUAGAAUGUUGAACUAGAUGCUUCCCGCUGUUAAGGACCAGGGGUGUAUUCACUCUUUGUUUACCAUUCAGAUGGCUUACUUAAUCGUAGUCAUGGUUGACAUGACGUAAAUAUCCAACAUGCCAAAAAUGCUCAUGCCAGUUAAUGCCAGGAAAAAAAUCGCUGACACACUACUAGUACUUCUUUGCUCCUGUUGUAUGCAUUCUCCUGGAUAGAGCCUUCAUCUUCAGUUGUGUUUAUGAAGAUACUUUUUGCUUUUUAAAUACUGGGGACCGAGAUCACUGUUGAUAGUGCAGAGAACCCCUCCAUAUUUGUCAGUGCAUAACUGAGUUUUCUGUAAAUGCCUUCGUGUUUUCUGAGCAGAAUGUAGGAGGUAUGCCAUCCCAAAACCAGCUGCUACCCUGUCCUUUUAAUGUAAGUCACUCCCCUUCACUGUGGCCUCGCUGAUGUCUGAUAAGUAUUGUCAGUGUGCAAAAGGCUUUACUUCAGAAUGUUUUAUUUAUAGCAAACCAAGUUGAAAAUUUUAGGAACAGUCUUUGUGGGUGUAUGUUAUUAACUGUAAUUAUUGUUGCCCAGAGCCAUGGGUUUUUUAACCCCAAAUUAUCCACUUGGUGUGUAUUAUUAAUUCUUUGAACUCUUGAGGUUUUUGUGAGGAAAGGACUGUGAAUUCAGAAUAAUGAGGCACUUGUGAGUGCACUACAUAGAUUCUGACAGUGUUGUGAUUCUGUAUAGGAUUUUUUAAAAUGAUAACAUUCACAAAAUGUAUUACUUUUUACAAAAUAACAUGCCUAUUAACUGGUUGCACUGAUAUAAAAGAAAUAUAUUUGUGUUUUGUUUGUACUAAAACGCAAAAGUAAGAGUGCAAUUUUUAAAAUCUAGAAGUUAGGGAUUCUUUUGUUGGAGAAAAAUGGACUGAUCUAAACCAUUCAGUCUUACUGGGAUUUUUAUGCAUAGAAACUCACAUAUAAACAUUAAAUAAACAGUGCCAAUAUUCAUGGUAAAGUGAGAAACUAUAAUAUUUGGCACUUAUUUAUUCUACUCAACAGGUUUUAAAGGCACGCCACCAUUUUUUCCUUUUUGCUUAAUUUUUUAAAAUUGUCAUUUAAUUCUUAAAUUGUCAUUUAUUUGAGAUGGAAAGAAAAGCUAAAGUUAGUUGCCUUUGCAUGUAAAAUAUGUAAUUUGCAAAUGACAAUUGUUUCUUUUUUUUUUAACAAAUGGAAGUAAAUUUGUUUUAUGUAAAUCUUAAUUUUCAACCUUCCUGUAUACCUUGUCACUGUCAGUGUUGAACUGGUCAGUAUGUGGAAACACAUUGCUCUACCUUGCUACUUAUGUUGAUUUUAAAGUGAAUUUACAAUGAUGAGAAAUUUGUGAAAAUACAUGGUAUUUCUUUUGAUGUUUCAAAAGGUUGUUCAUGAAAAACUGAUUUGUUAAAACAUGCUACAUGUCCAAAAAUAAAGACCAGAAUGACAUUUGAUAA